AUCCAAAGUCAACACAACAAACACUGCGCGUCCACUCCUCGUGAGUCAAGACUCAAUCAACGAAAUAAUUAAAUUAUUGUUGGACGAGCCAGGCCAGAAGCCAGCUGAACGAGAUAAUAACAUCUGAGAAAGGUGAUUGGUAAAUCGCCCACCGCUUGAGCAUAUUUGGAUAUUCUGCAAUCAGGUUCAUGAGUCACUGUUCGUAUCGAAAAUCAAUCGACUUGACUUGAUCUGGAUAUAUUAUAAUGCUCUGCGAAGCGUUGGGAUGAAGUAGUGCUGAGGAGCAAAAUCUGUCAGGAUUAUAGCCCGCUGUCGUAUGUGAACAUGCCCGUGAAGAUACCUUGGUUUGAUGUGGCAGAAGGAUUUCAACACGCAGGAGGACAUGCUCCCAUUCGCGUGUGCAAUGCCUGGCAACAGAGGCCCUCGGCGAACCCUGACCAGCCCUGGCAGGAGAGAGACGGGGCAGACACGCUGCACACGUGGGCCUCGUUCUUUCUCACCCUGGCCAACGAGGACGUGACGUCACUGGAGACGUUCUGCCAGAGCCAUGAUGGGGGCCUCCAGAACUUCAUGGACGCGUUUGAUGAGGGCGGUUUCUUUGCGUUGCAUGUGUGCGCGGCGCUGGGACUCGGCGAGGCCAUGACCGUUCUAUUGGAGAAUGGCUUUGACCCGGAGAUCGAGUGUGUGCACGACAAGAAGAUCGGACUCUGGGACGAGGUCAGCGACGUCAUCACCCGAGGUGUGCGACCGUUGCACCUUGCUGCCAAGUAUGGACACGCUGGCAUAGUGAAGGUGCUUCUGGCGCGUGGGGUAGACGUUCAUGCACAGGCAACAACCUGCCAAGGCGAGCUCGAAAGGAAGGUCACCAGCCUUCAAAUAGCAGCCGUGGAGGGGCAGCUGGCGGCAGCGGAAGUUCUGCUGGAUCAUGGCGCGGACGUGACGAGUGACGGGUGUUACGGUCCGGCAGAGGUGUGCGGCGGGAUGAAGUUUGCCCGCAUGCUCAUCGACAGAGGCCAGCAGGUGGGGGAGAGUGCAGUGGCCAAAAUGCUGAUGAACGUUGCUAACACGUCCUGGCGUGGCCGCCCCAGGAGCGAGGUGGUCGAGGCUGCCGAACGGAUCCUGGAGCUGAUGGCCGACCUGCGAGUCAAGCCGUCGCGGACGUGCCUGCCCGUGUUCCUGCGCAACGGCAGCAUACCGCUCAGCGCUAUGACCGAGAUCGUCCUGCUGCUGGCGCUCUACGGGGCCAACAUUUCCAGUGAGAACGGCGCUCUGCUGGUGGCUGCCUAUCAAGGCAAGGAGGACUUGGUGCGGCUGAUGUUCCAGCUCGGCUGGAACGCCGGUGGCUCGGUGCGCACGCUGCACAGCCGCAGCUCCCACGGCCGCGCCGGCCAGGGCCUGGCCAUGGACAUGCUGGUCAUGGACCGGCUGCCGCACGUGGCCGUCCGCGCCCGCGAGCGCGUGGACAAGGCCGCCGAGCUGUUGGCCGAGGCCAGCGCCACGGUGCCGUCGCUGCAGGUCUGGUGCCGCUGGGCCAUCCUGGCCGCGCUGCAGGACCCGCGCAAGGUCUCCGAGCUGCCCGUCACUCCCAUCAUGAAGAGCUUCAUCGUGCUGCGGCGCGAACGCCGCGAGCUGCUGCAGCAGGAGUACGCGUACACGGUGGGCAGCGCGCACAAUACCUGACCUGCACUGGCGGGGGGAAUUCCCCAGAUUGCUAGACUAAGAGUGCUCAACACCGCAAGGAUGGAGCAAUAUCACACAGGCAGAAGAGAACGGUGGCAGCCGGUUAAAUUAUAGUUGCAACGCUGCGUUUCAGGUCCAUAGCAAGGCUAAGGCAGUCCUCAGACAACUAAGUCUGAGUGCAUGAAACUCAGCUUUACAAUAAUAAUAAUUUAACCGGUUAUCUUCUUCCUUUGCAAUACGUGACAUACAUUUUAUGAAUUAUUUUAUCAGCACUGGUUGCAAACUCUUCGGCAUACUCCUCUGCCUCGUCGCCGUUGACUUUUCCUGUAGAGUACUUUGAAUAUAGUAGAGAUACUCAGUCUUGUCUGUCGGACAGCUUAACUAUCAGGAGACAGUUACUUUCCCAGUCUUGUUCAUUACAUGUAUAUUAUGUCAGAUUAGUACUCGCAUUGAUUUUUUAUUUUUAUUUUGAAGUGCAUGUAGCUGUGCUAGACUGACCUGCCGGGUGCUGUCGUGCCUUGAUCGCGGUGCUCUUCUUGUCCCCUUCUACGAUGUUUCAUUCCGCUCUUGAUCCAUUUUCGCUCAGGGCUCUGAUAAUGACGUGUUCCGCUUUUCUGGCCACCACCGGUGUCACUACACAUGUUGGCUAGAGGUCAGGUUCAUUUAUUCUACUCAGAAGGGUAGAUUCUACUUUUCUCUACCCGCUUUAUGUACCAGGUUCGAGGCUGGUAGAAGUUGUAUACAACUCCAUAAUAAUUAUAAUAUUCUAUGAAAGCAUAUGAAAUGGAAGUGGGUAUUUCGGGACUAUUUUCACCUAUUUUUACACAUACAUGUAUGAUGAAACAGAGUUGCUAGAGUGCCUUGA